AUGACUGCUGUCUGCUUCCCAAAUCCUGGAACUUGCUCAGUGCUCUGGAGAAGGGGUUGUUCACAAUACAAGCAGGUAACUGGCAAUGAGGACCUGCCUGUUCCAAUGGAAAAUCCUUAUAAGGAGCCUCUUAAGAAAUGUAUCUUGUGUGAGAAACGUGGUUAUAAAAAUGUACAGCUUCUGUCCCAAUUUGUUUCUCCAUUUACUGGAUGCAUUUAUGGAAGGCGUAUAACAGGUCUUUGUGGGAAGAAACAGAAAGAAAUUACAAAAGCAAUUAAGAGAGCUCAAAUAAUGGGGUUUAUACCAGUUACAUACAAGGAUCCUGCAUAUCUCAAAGACCCUAAAGUUUGUAACAUCAAAUAUCGGGAAUAAAUGAUAUAAGGUUAUCACCAAUAAACUUGUUUUGUAAUAAAUUGACCUCUACUGACUCAAACUAAC